CCCAACUUUACAGGCGGGUUCUCUCCGAAUCUGUUUAUCUUGGGCCCAAAUGUUGAACCUCCAUAGAGCUACCUGGAGGAAGGGGCUGUGGAUCCCCGGCAGCCGGGGGGGUCGCGUGGCAAAAUCUCCGCCCACAAGCAGAGCGGCCUUCUAGUAUACACUGCUAAAGCGUUGAGUCUGCUAAAACUGGAAAUGCUCACGAUAAAGCUGCCUCAGAUCUUCAGGGUCCACCAAGUACCUCGUAUCUUCUGGGAAGAUGGCAUCAUCUCUGGCUACCGCCACCCCAAAAGCUCUGCUCUGGAUUGCGUCCUCAGCUCCUUCCAACUCAACAACGAGACCAUCAACAUUUGGACACAUUUCGUCCCGACCUGGUAUUUCUUGUGGCGGUUCCUGGUGCUUUCCUACAGCCUGGACUUCUGGUCCGACAGCUACAGCUGGCCUUUCAUGGCCUACAUGUGGCUGGUUUGCCUCUACCCGUUCACCUCCAGCUGCGCCCACACCUUCAGCACCAUGUCCACCCACGCCCGGCACGUCUGCUACUUCUUGGAUUAUGGAGCACUCAGCCUAUACAGUUUGGGCUGCGCUUUCACAUACGGAGCCUAUGCAAUGCCCGAUCGCUGGGUGAAUGGCCUUUUACAUCGUUGCUUUGUUCCACUGGCCGCCUUGAAUUCCUUUAUCUGCACCAGUCUUUCUUGUUACUCCCGAUUCCUGGAACUGGAGUGUCCCAGUCUGAGCAAGAUCUUGAGGACUGCAGCCUUUGUUUACCCUUUUCUCUUUGACAACAUACCUUUGUUUUAUAGGCUUUUAUUCUGUUUCGGCGAAGGCUGCGCCUGGAACGACUCCGUGGCUGGUUAUUUCUACCACCUUUUCUUCGCCGCUCUCACCGGCUUCCUCUUUGCCUCCCACCUGCCGGAACGGCUGGCACCUGGCCGCUUCGAUUUCAUUGGCCACAGCCACCAGCUGUUCCACAUCUGUGCGGUGGUGGGGACCCACUUCCAACUGGAGGCGGUUCUGUGGGACUUGUAUUCGCGCCGGGCCUGGCUGAGCACGCACGCCCCGGUGGCCACCUUCACGCACACCUUCGCCAUCCUGGGAGCCGCCCUGCUGGGCAACCUGGUCCUCAUCACCCUGUUCACCACCGCCCUCUUCUGUUCGUCCGGUGCCAACUUGAUCCUGCAGAGCAAUUUCCCCGAGGCGGAGCGGCCCAAGGAGAAGUGACCGGCCCUGGAAGGCCGCGGCUUGGGUGGCAAGGGACACUUCCCUGUCUCUGGAGUUCUGGUGGCUGCAGUGUUAGGGAAGGCCGGGCAGGGGUUUGCUCAGCCACCGCACGUUUAUACCUCAGUAUUGUGAGUCCGGAGGAAAGUGGCACCCCUGUUGAAUGUGGCACCCCCGUUGCUGGAGCACUUUAAGCCUUUGGUUACAAGGCAGGGGGAAGCUGGGGCAGAGCGAUGCGGCCGCUGCCCCAAACAGAGGACAGCCG